ACAAAAUUUUUUCCACAAUUUCUCCCUUUGUGUUAAGAAAAAGAAAGAAAGUUAUAUGGGGUUAUAACAACAAAGUGGUGAGUAAACAAUGACUGAAAUUUUGGGUGAACUAAUCCUUAAAGAUCAUCCUCUAUUGACAAACCCAACAAAAUAUAAGAUGAAGUGAUAAAAAGUUAAUAUCCUAAAAGGAUAAGGAUAUCAUUAUGACAGUUUCUUUUUUUCUUCUUCAUCUUUUUUUUUUUUCAUUUAUGAAAUUUUACAUAAUUUUAAUGAGGGAGAUGAUGAUGGUAACAGGGUUGACACAUAGUAAGCAGUAUGGCUGGUGGCUUUGUCAUGAUGGAGGGUCAUGUCAGGAUGAGCCUGCAGGAAGGGUACCACAUGAGGGAGGAGGAUGUCUUCCCUGUAACGCACAGCGUUUAGAUUGCCUGCAGUGACAACAAGCUCAGUCCGAUGAUGCUUUGACACUGCCCCAGACCAUGACGGACCCUCCACCUCCAAAUCGAUCCCGCUCCAGAGUACAGGCCUCGGUGUAACGCACAUUCGUUCGACGAUAAACACGAAUCCGAUCAUCACCCCCGGUGAGACAAAACCGCGACACGUCAGUGAAGAGCACUUUUUGCCAAUCCUGUCUGGUCCAGCGAAGGUGGGUUUGUGCCCAUAGGCGACGUUGUUUCCGGUGAUGUCUGGUAAGGACCUGCCUUACAACAGGCCUACAAGCCCUCAGUCCAGCCUCUCUCAGCCUAUUGCGGACAGUCUGAGCACUGAUGGAGGGAUUGUGCGUUCCUGGUGUAACUCGGGCAGUUGUUGUUGCCAUCCUGUACCUGUCCCGCAGGUGUGAUAUUCGGAAGUACCGAUCCUGUGCGAGGAUGAACCAAAGGAAAAUGGGGAUGUCAUCAUGACAAUGUGGAGUUUAAGGUUACAGGUCUGGUUGCCAACGUCAGCUCUAUGUUUACAAGAAGAUGUCUGUGCCCGUUGUAUUUAAUUACUACAGUGCUCGUCAUAGAAGGGUAAAGGAUGUUACUGUGGUGGAUACAAACUAUGCCCUGGUCCUCAAACACAAGAAGGUUAACAAGGAGUACACACAAGCAUCCCUUUAUGGCCGCACUAUGAAAUUAAGGGUCGAUCUGAUAAAGAAGUUCAGAGCAUAUGCCACAGGUCGAGGAUUUUUCAAAGACUCCAUACUGACUCCACCACCUGCUGACGAUUGUCCUCCUUUGACAGAUUAGGUGAACAAGAGCUUGUUUCAGGGCUUGAUUCCCUUUUGAGGCUGAAGACAUACAGUACCUGCUGUCCUCCACCACAGUGUGUCACAAAAUGUUCUACUAACAAAAGCUUUGAACUGGAGUUCAUUUGGUUUUUCCUUGUAUAAAUUUAAAAAGAUGUUCUGUAUAUUAUUUGUUAGACUGUGUUGGCCUUAAUGAGCUGAAAUGACAUUGAUGGACUGUUUGAUUCUUGGUAAUAUUGUAACUGAUCAUGAAUCGACUGUCUGAAUUGUAAUAUUUCAUUGUAAACCUGACUAAAUAUUGAACCCUGAACCCAGAAGAAAGCAUAUACAGUAUAGAGAAAGGGGUGACGUCUCCAAAGGAAUAUUCCGGGUUUAAUACAUGAGAUUCUCAAUUGACAGCGUAUUGAUUAUCACAAAAAUGUAUUUUGACUUGUCCCUCCUUUUCUUAAAAAAAGAGCAAAAAUUGAAACAAUAAUCUGGUUUACAGUGAGGCACUUGCAAUGGAAGUGAAGGGGCCAAUCUGUAAACAUUAAUAUACUUACUGUUUCAAAAGUAUAACCACAAGACAUAAACAAUAUGUGUGUAAACAUGUUUUUAGUGUGAUAAAACCGCUUAUUAACCUUUUCUGUGUAGUUAUAUUCAAUACGAUGUAAUGUCAACAAACCCUAAAAUGAUUGUAAAAAUGAUGAUUUAAACAACUUUACAGCUAAAAUAGUGAAAGUGCUUUUAUAAAAUUAUAAGCUUCACACUUCUGCAAUUCCGCAAUUUGAAAGAAAAGUAUGGAUGAGUCGAAAUAACUUAUUCUUGUAAUCAACAUUAUGAUCAGAAAGUCUAUUUUACCAAAAUUUUUUACCCUAUUUGUUUCAGUAUGUAAAGUCACUCAACAAAAAUGCUGAAGAAGACUCUUAAAUAGUCAAUUAUGGGAAUAUUAUUUGUCUUUGGACCUAUUUUUAUUUACUUUCAGCCAAAACCA